CUUUCCAAGAUGUCAUAGGUCAGUUUGCCGGCCAGACGAAGUAUCGAAGGCUUUGUCAGCCGUUUGGCUUCUCCCGCCUCGUGGACUUGGGCAGCGGCACUGUUUCCCUCAGUUUGAAAAACAGCACGAAAAGUGAUACCAAGUAGACAAAAAACAUGUCAGCCUUCUUUCAGGCGCUGAAGGACCCAAGUGUCGUGGCCAAGUUUCAAGAACUGUGCGGGAUCGAGUUCAUCGAUGAUUCAGUCCAGGAGAAAAACGGGGACGCCUGCAGCGGUGGUGACAACUGCCACAACUCGGCAUCAGCAACAAACGGCAUAAGGAAACGACACAAGGAAGACAAACCAAAGGCAGAAGUAGGAAGAAGUCUGGCGAACGGGUAUGUUGACCUCAGCCACCCAAGGGACCAAGCGGAAUGGGGUAACCACGUGUCGGAGGCCGGGCGGCCGUACAGAGUCAACAACAAGAUGUGGUACUACCUGUUCUGUUUCGGAUCUUCGCUCGGAGGAGAACUCUUUUACAUCACCUUCUUCCCCUUCUGGUUUUGGAACAUUGACUACUUCGUCAGCCGGCGGGUCAUCGUGGUCUGGGCCUUCACCAUGUACCUGGGACAGUCCGCGAAGGACAUCAUCCGCUGGCCGCGGCCUCCCUCCCCGCCGGUCGCCAAAAUCGAGCGCACGUUUGACUCGGAGUAUGGCUUCCCGUCCACCCAUGCCAUCGUCGCGUUCUGUAUUCCUUUCACGUUUGUCUACUGGACAGUAGGCAGAUACGAGUACUGGUACCCGGCUGGUUACAUGAUUGGUGCAGCGUGGUGUCUCCUGGUGUGUGUCAGCCGGCUGUAUGUAGGCAUGCACAACAUCCUGGAUGUCCUUGCCGGUUUGACCUUGAGCGUCCUCCUGACAUGUUUCAUCACCCCCUGGCUGGACACCAUUGACCACUUCAACCUGCACCACCCCUACUCUCCCCUGCUGGUGGUCAGCUCCUACUUCAUGCUGUGCCUGUUCUACCCCAGUGGGGGGCAGUGGAACACAGCCAGGGGAGACACGGCCAUGAUUGUUGGUACUUGUGCAGGUGUUAUAUACGGGGCUUGGAUCAACACACAGUACAACCUACUGCUGGACCCCUCCAUCCCCCCUCCAUACAAAGUCAUCUGGCCAAAUAUCCAACAACUCGGCCUCUUUGCCGUCCGUUUUGUCCUGGGAGGAAUCAUCGCGGGAAUCUCCCGCGCCGUCGUCAAGCCGCUAACCCUCCACACGGUGUGUAGGCUGUUCGGAGAGUCCACGGAAGACCCCAAAGCUAGGAGCAGGGCGGUGGUGGAAGUCCCGUACAAAUUUUUCACGUACGGCUUCCUGGGCCUGAUGGUGGUCUGCGUGAUACCCAUCGUGUUUCGCGUGUUGGGCAUCGCUUCGCUGUACGAGAUUGGCUACGAACAAGCCCACACGCCGGCUCUGUGACAAGUCUACUAGCGCUUUACUUGUGAGAGACAUAUUAUUACUUAGAAUUUAGAUAUCUCUACAGUAACUGUUGGAUUGUUGGCAAAUGUUGACUUUACAUGGCUGAUGGACCUUUCAAAUAAAGUUUGAGAUUUCUUGCUGGAUAUUUUGAGUGUAAACUGCAAAUAAUCAAUGCAUCCAAUUGUUUUUGUAGUUCGUACAUUUUCAAAUGCCUAAAAGAUAGUUUCUCAAUUAAUGGCAGUCAGUGUUAUGAUGGUUUUUGAUGAAAUUACUUGUUUUUUUUUUAGUCCUGCACAAAAGUUAAUCAGUUAUAAGUGCAGAAGUGCCAUUGAGUGGAUCAACUUUUUUUCCAAAAUUUCUUGGUUCGAACACUCAAGCACUGUAGUUUAGCAAAUCAGUGCACUAAAAAGUGCUUUUGGUGAAAUGAAGUGGUGGGAGUUACAUAAUCCUUGUUCAAAGGUGGGUGAAUUUAUAGGCCUUGAAGUUGAAUUUGGUGCAGCGUUCUAGCCAGCGUUUGUCUUUCAUUUGACGGAAUUUUGCAGAGUUUCAAGAGUUAAAAAUCUCUCUGGGGAGCAUGCCCCUGGACCAACCUAGGAUUGUAGCAUUCGGCGCUCAAAAUAACGUUAUGUCAAACAAAACAAAAAUUUCAGGCUGGCUAGAACACUGAUAAGUUUAUUCAGGAGUACUUAACAUGUGUACAUCGCAAUUUAAGUUAGAAUUCAGAAUUUCUUGUUGUAUGGGGACCAACCUAUAUCCUUAGUAGGUAAACUAAACUGGGGUUGGUCUAGGCUGUUGUUGCAAAGGUUUUCAGUUGCUUUAGUCUAACUCAGUCUGCAGCCUGGGAGUUGUGAUGGUAAUGACCACAGAAGCCAGCAACAGUAGGGAGCCGGCGGUAACUACGAAAGACGGCACCCAGUCUAUUGUCUUUGCCUCUAGUGUCACUAGAAAUACUGCAUACUCCAUUGCCAACUGGUCAAACCUAACCAAAGUAACAAGCAAUGCCAAUAACCAGUUGAAGAGUUGACAAAGUUAAUGAAAUCACAGCUGUAGUUCUUUGCUACGUCACUUCAUGUUUUGUGUACUACAAUACGUUGAUAGUCAUGAAUAUUUACAGUGCAGAUCUUGGGUAAAUUCCUUUUACACACGUUUUACACAUGGUUUUUAUUUCUCAUGCAAAAGACAUGUGAAUUGUGUUUAAAUCACGAUUGAAAGAUUGAAACACUUUGUGGCGCGUCGUUAAAACCAUUGAAAACCUGUGUAAGCCGGUUUGCAUUAGACCUGUACUGCCCCCUUUCCACCAGAGGUUGCAACUGAUAGGCGACCUUAUGUUUGACAGACUGUGCAAUGAACUUCAUAGCCAAAGAACAUUAAACAUUAUUUUCUAUUUGUUGUCUUUUAACUCAUGAAAUCAAGCGUUACAUAAAUCGGAUUUUGGUAACUAAAUGAUCGCUGAGCAAUUGUUCUCUUGUGGAAAGGGGGCCUUACCCGUGUUCUGAAACUGGCUUUAGUUCACAUUUCACCAGAAAGUAGUUAGACAAGAAAAACUUCAUGUAUUUAUUUUGAGAUUUGAUGCUACACAUGAUGUAAUAAUGGUGAAUCUGUUGUUUUGGGGAGGGGCUUUUAUAACCUUUUUUUGCUUUAUUAGCAAACAAUUCAUAAUGAUUAUCAUGAUGAUAUGUGUUACUACAGUACAGUUAAUUUCUCGUGAAAUUGUUCAAAUGUGUCCUUUUGCACAGACCCAGUGUUCUAGCCAGUUGUCUUUCCAUUACUGGUGUUUGAUGGAAUUUUGCUGCUAAUGACAGACAAAAAUUUUGCCCAAACAUCAUCUUUGACAUACAAAAAUUGCCAUUUAAAGAUACAGAAAAAGAUGUCAUUCAACUAAGCUUAGUCUACCAGCAAAUUAACAUUUGCCCUGAAAAUGCAGGAAACAGCAUUUCAGAGGGUCAAGAUUUUAAAAUUUUCCAGAGGAGCAUGCCCUCGGACUAGCGUAGCACUCGGCAUAAUAUUAUGUCAAACAAAAUUGAGAUUUGAGAGGCUGGCUUAAGCACUCUGCACUGACUUGUGUAAAAGAUGGCAUUUGGUUUGAGUCUGCACUGUUCAGUGGUACUAGUAUUAAUUUCACUUGUAUAAAGUUGUAUAGAUUUGAGAUCGGUAUAACAAUGGAACAACCAAUCAACUUUUACAAGCAGUAUAUCCUCUCAUCAGAUUACUGUUCUCAGGAGUUGUAGUUACAAUGUACAUCAGUUCUUCUUUGGACUAAUCUUGAUGACAAGAAAGUGUUGUGAAAUGCAGUACAUCUAUUGUAUUUUUAGUUGUUUGAGGUUUGCGUUGUAGUGCCAAAUCGACCCUAGCAAGAUUGGUACCCCAAUAAUCUAUAGACUCUACACUCAGGCACUAGCACUCAAAUAACCAUAAAGAUUUAAGUUUGUUUCAAGCAAGGAAAAUUUCAAGAUGUUGACUGUAAUCUUGUUUGUUUUUGUACAAUACAGCUACCGGUAUAAACAUAUGUUUGGGAUGUCGGUCAAGAUGAAAAAAAUAAACUUUCUAUGGACAACUGUAGUGAAAUACACUAAGCAUUCUUGGCAGAUAUUUAUGUUUACCUUUGCAGAAGGAAAACAAUGUCAUAUUUUUCCUCUGUUUCUUCUCCAAACACAUGACCUGGACCAGACAUCUGUCACCAUGGUAACUGGUGCUGUAGCAGACACCAUGUGGUGUUGGAUGCCAUUAUGUAGCAAGUGGCAGGUUCCGGUCACCAUGUGUAGUGUAUGAACGUGUUUGAGUAAGAAAUAAACAGAGUAGUUUGUUAGACUAGACCAUGUGAAAGUAAACAUCUUGCAUUUGCGUUGCAAAUGUUACCUUUCUAGUUUUAACUUUCUUCCUGCUGCUUAGACUUGUAACCAAGACACAUUUGAUGCUAAAUGCUACCUCAGCAGGGAGAUAGUUAUAAAUGGCACCAGGAAACAUUAAAGAUACCCUUAGAUAAUCCAGUUUGAUUUUGUCUGCCUGUAGCCUGGGUGCCGGCCCCUUUUAGCUUUGAGUAAUGCUCUCUCGGUUGCUUCCUUGCCCAAAAGACUGGACCCACACAUAUUCUAUCUGCCUGUCAUUUGAAUAUUUGUCAGAAUUUGAACCGGUGCGCUGAUUGGUCAAACCUACAUGGGGUCAAUGCACAACAGUUGAAUCAGUUGCACGACAGAUAGAUUAUAUAUACAUGUAUGCAGGUGCAGUCUUUUUGGCAGGCAAGCAACAGAGCGUACUAAAGUUUUAAAAGCUGGCACCCAGGCUGGUCUGCCUAUACUGUACUGUACACCAGCUCUACAAGUGUACUGUGUAUCACUUUGUACCAAUACUGGAACAGCAAAUGAAGCACAGCAGGGACAGCAUUGUACUGCUAAGUAAGAUGACUGUGUAUCUGUAUGUUGUGGUCAGCGUGCGAUGAAAGUUUGUGUGUGUAUGAGAAUUGUGCAUUGAUACAUUCCUAGAUAUGUAUGUAUAUUAAGAUAUAUAUAUAUAUAUAUAAUAUACAUAUCUAAAAUGUUGAAUACAUGGCUGUGUGGAUUGUUGUGUUCGCUGCCUAAUUACGUAGGAUUAAAAUCCUGCCAAUGGCGUUUGCAUCCGGCUAUUCCAAAUGUAGAUACUACGAUUAGUGAUUUGUAAUUGGCCAGUUGGCCUGCAAAAUGCCUGUAUGUAUCUUGCACCCAUAGUGCAAAGCUACGAUUAUGAAAACUCAUACUGCCCGAGGUUUGUGAUAUCUGCUGGUUGUACAUUAAUAAAAUAUGUUGUAUCAACAGUUCUUGGGUAUGUUACAUUGUAUAUUCUUGGUCACUGCAGCUGACUUGUACUUUUUUUUUUUUUAAUGUUCUGCAAACCUUCUCUCUCGUAAAGAAUAGUUGGUUUGGGCCUGAAAAAAUGCAA